GGAACCUGAUAUCAAGAAUCCAUGAAGUAAAAAGCCAUGGUACAUGGUAAUGCCUGUGCUUCUUAUCCUUCUAAGAGAAAUAAAAUAAGCCCCGUCGGCCUGGGCGACUAUCAGAAAGGAGCGGUUUGAGAACCAGAUCCAACGUGGAGUCUGGGGCAUCCUGUGGACAAGCCCACCAAGCCGUGCGCGCCGUCCUCUAAGGACGCAUCUGGUGCCUCCCCAAAUGACUGCGAUCCCCGGGAGGGAGAAGCCCAGAGGGCAGGUUCUCUCGUGCCCUUGACCGAGGGGGAAGCAGCAGCCCCCGCGCCCGUCUCACUGUGGCCGCGCUUUGCUACUGCAACCAGGGGCCCUGCAAACGUCACCGCCGCCACCUCCAGGGGCGCAGCCCGCUCGCCGCAGCGCGGGGCGGUGGGUCCGGCUCCCCAGGCGGACGCCAGGGGCGCAGCGGCCAGGGCGCACGGAGGAUGCUCACGGGGCGCGUGGCUGAACCGCGGGGACCCCGGGCGCCCUGAGAGUCCUCCCCCGGCAGAGCGAGGGGCUGCGCGGUGCCUCGGGGUGAGCCGGCGGGCAGAGAGGGGGCGGCGCUGCAGCGGCCCCGAGGCCCCGAGGACCCCCGGCCGCGCGCCCCCUGCAGCCGGCGCCCAGGUGGGGCCUUCCGGAGAGCGGCACCUGGCGGCAGCGGGGCCCGCGGGAGGCCGGCGGCGGGCGGCGCUGGGGAUGGCAGCCCAGAAAUGAAAGCCGCGGCGGCCGCCGCCUCCGAGCACUGCGGGGAGAGCGGCCCCCAGCAAAUGGGAAGGCAGCCCUGGGCCCGGAGGAGGAGGAGCGGCCGAGCAUCUCUCCCGCCCGCCGGCGCCUUUUGAGUGAGGAUCGCUGCCAGGGCGGCGGCGGACCUGCAGCCCCUUCCUCUCCGCCCCCGACCUCGGGCCGGCCUCGCCCACCGGUGACAGCCGCCGCGCCGCUCGCCGACCUGCUCCCCGGCCGCCGCCAGCCCGGGGCGCCUCUUUGUGCGCCGCAGACAUGGCCAGCCAGCAGGAUUCCGGCUUCUUUGAAAUCAGCAUCAAAUAUCUACUGAAAUCCUGGAGUAAUACUUCUCCAGUUGGCAACGGUUAUAUCAAGCCCCCUGUCCCACCUGCUUCUGGCACACAGAGGGAGAAAGGGCCACCAACAAUGUUGCCCAUCAGUGUGGACCCAGACAGCAAACCGGGAGAGUACGUCCUCAAGAGCUUAUUUGUCAACUUCACCACGCAGGCCGAACGCAAGAUCCACAUCAUUAUGGCGGAGCCCCUGGAAAAGCCAUUGACAAAAUCUCUGCAACGUGGAGAAGACCCUCAGUUUGAUCAAGUCAUCAAUUCUAUGAGUUCCCUUUCUGAGUACUGCCUGCCGUCCAUUCUCCGCACACUGUUUGACUGGUACAAAAGGCAAAAUGGCAUUGAGGAUGAAUCACAUGAAUACAGACCAAGAACAAGCAAUAAAUCAAAAAGUGAUGAACAGCAGCGAGAUUAUUUAAUGGAAAGACGGGACCUCGCCAUUGAUUUUAUUUUCUCUUUAGUAUUAAUAGAAGUUUUGAAACAGAUUCCACUUCAUCCUGUUAUAGACAGUUUAAUCCAUGAUGUUAUUAAUUUGGCUUUCAAGCACUUUAAAUACAAAGAAGGGUACCUGGGUCCCAACACGGGCAACAUGCACAUCGUGGCCGACCUGUACGCAGAAGUCAUCGGAGUGCUGGCACAGGCGAAAUUCCCUGCUGUAAAGAAGAAAUUUAUGGCAGAGCUGAAGGAAUUACGGCAUAAGGAGCAGAGUCCGUAUGUGGUUCAGAGCAUCAUCAGCUUGAUAAUGGGGAUGAAAUUCUUUCGAAUUAAGAUGUACCCAGUGGAGGACUUUGAAGCUUCUCUCCAAUUUAUGCAGGAAUGUGCACAUUAUUUCCUCGAGGUCAAAGACAAAGAUAUUAAGCACGCCUUGGCUGGGCUUUUUGUUGAAAUUCUUGUCCCAGUUGCUGCCGCUGUUAAAAAUGAAGUGAAUGUUCCCUGCCUUAGAAACUUUGUCGAAAGCCUCUAUGACACCACGCUGGAACUUUCUUCUCGAAAGAAGCAUUCCCUGGCCCUGUACCCGCUGGUGACCUGUCUGCUCUGUGUCAGUCAGAAGCAGCUGUUUCUGAACAGGUGGCACAUUUUCCUCAACAACUGCUUAUCCAACCUCAAAAAUAAAGACCCCAAGAUGGCCCGAGUUGCACUGGAAUCUCUGUACAGAUUACUUUGGGUGUAUAUGAUUCGAAUUAAAUGUGAAAGCAACACGGCGACUCAGAGCCGACUUAUAACCAUCAUCACAACACUUUUCCCCAAAGGGUCCCGCGGUGUGGUGCCAAGGGAUAUGCCCCUGAACAUCUUUGUGAAAAUCAUCCAGUUCAUUGCCCAGGAACGUUUAGAUUUUGCGAUGAAAGAAAUCAUUUUUGAUUUUCUUUGUGUGGGGAAACCAGCAAAAGCUUUCAGCCUCAACCCAGAGAGAAUGAACAUUGGUCUCCGGGCCUUCUUGGUGAUCGCCGACAGCUUGCAGCAGAGGGACGGCGAGCCCCCCAUGCCCGUCACAGGAGCUGUGCUCCCUUCAGGAAACACCCUGAGAGUCAAGAAAACAUAUUUGAGCAAAACUCUAACUGAAGAGGAAGCCAAAAUGAUAGGUAUGUCAUUAUAUUACUCUCAAGUACGAAAAGCUGUGGACAACAUUUUAAGACACCUUGAUAAAGAAGUAGGAAGGUGCAUGAUGCUGACCAAUGUCCAGAUGUUAAACAAAGAACCGGAAGACAUGAUCACGGGUGAGAGAAAGCCAAAAAUAGAUCUUUUCAGGACCUGUGUGGCUGCGAUUCCUCGGCUGCUCCCCGAUGGGAUGUCAAAACUUGAGCUUAUUGACUUGCUGGCUAGGCUUUCCAUUCAUAUGGAUGAUGAACUGCGACACAUUGCACAAAAUUCUCUUCAGGGUCUGCUGGUCGACUUCUCAGACUGGAGAGAAGACGUGCUGUUUGGCUUCACCAACUUCCUGCUCCGGGAAGUGAAUGACAUGCACCACGCACUGCUGGAUUCGUCCCUGAGGCUGCUGCUGCAGCUGCUCGCCCAGUGGAAACUGGCCACACAGACUCCGGGAAGAGUCUGCGAGCGAGGCAGCAGACCCAGGGACUCCGAGCUCAUUGCGAACGGAUCCAGCCACAGAGGUCAGUCGGAACGUGGCCCUCACUGCAGCGUGCUCCACGCCGUGGAAGGCUUUGCCCUCGUCCUGCUCUGCAGUUUUCAGGUUGCCACACGCAAACUGUCAGUUUUAAUCCUCAAGGAAAUCCGAGCGUUGUUUAUGGCCCUGGGUCAGCCUGAGGACGAUGACAGGCCUAUGAUUGAUGUCAUGGAUCAGCUGAGUUCCGCCAUCCUCGAAAGCUUUAUCCACGUUGCAGUUUCAGAUUCAGCGACGUUACCGCUGACACACAACGUGGACCUGCAGUGGCUGGUGGAGUGGAACGCAGUCCUGGUCAACAGCCACUAUGACGUGAAGAGCCCAUCCCACGUGUGGAUAUUCGCCCAGUCCGUCAAAGACCCCUGGGUCCUCUGUCUCUUCAGUUUCCUGCGGCAGGAGAACUUGCCCAAACUCUGCCCCACGGCCCUCGGCUACGCCUGGCCCUAUGCCUUCACUCGGCUACAGUCGGUCAUGCCCCUAGUGGAUCCAAAUAGCCCGAUCAAUGCCAAGAAAACCAGCACUGCCAGCAGCGGAGACAACUAUGUCACCUUGUGGAGAAAUUACCUUAUUCUUUGUUUUGGAGUCGCAAAGCCCAAUAUCAUGAGCCCAGGACACUUACGCGCAUCCACGCCGGAAAUAAUGGCAACCACGCCUGACGGUACAGUGAGCUACGAUAACAAGGCGAUCGGCACCCCGUCCGUGGGAGUUCUGCUAAAGCAGUUGGUGCCUUUGAUGAGACUAGAGAGCAUCGAGAUCACAGAGUCCUUGGUUUUAGGAUUUGGCAGAACAAAUUCUCUUGUUUUCAGAGAAUUGGUAGAAGAACUUCAUCCUUUGAUGAAAGAAGCCCUAGAACGGAGACCAGAGAACAAGAAACGCCGAGAACGGCGAGAUUUGUUAAGGCUGCAACUACUAAGAAUUUUUGAACUUCUGGCUGAUGCUGGUGUAAUAAGUGACAGCACAAACGGGGCCUUGGAGCGGGACACUUUAGCCCUCGGAGCUCUGUUCCUAGAAUACGUGGACUUGACCCGCAUGCUCCUAGAAGCCGAAAAUGAUAAAGAAGUCGAAAUUCUUAAAGACAUCCGGGCACAUUUCAGCGCGAUGGUUGCCAACUUGAUCCAGUGUGUUCCAGUCCACCACAGAAGGUUCCUGUUUCCCCAGCAGAGCCUGAGGCACCACCUUUUCAUCCUGUGCAGCCAGUGGGCAGGGCCCUUCAGCAUCAUGUUCACCCCCCUGGACCGCUACAGCGACCGCAACCACCAGAUCACGAGGUACCAGUACUGCGCACUAAAGGCAAUGUCGGCAGUAUUGUGCUGUGGCCCCGUCUUCGACAACGUCGGCCUUUCCCCAGAUGGCUACCUCUACAAGUGGCUCGACAACAUUCUGGCCUGCCAAGAUUUACGGGUUCAUCAGCUUGGCUGUGAAGUUGUCGUCUUGCUCCUGGAACUUAAUCCUGACCAGAUAAAUCUGUUUAAUUGGGCGAUUGACCGAUGUUACACAGGUUCCUACCAGCUUGCAUCUGGCUGUUUCAAAGCCAUCGCAACCGUGUGUGGAAGCAGGAACUAUCCUUUCGACAUAGUGACAUUGUUAAACCUCGUUCUGUUCAAGGCCUCGGACACCAACAGAGAGAUUUAUGAAAUUUCUAUGCAGCUCAUGCAGAUCCUCGAAGCAAAACUUUUUGUGUACUCGAAGAAGGUUGCCGAACAGAGACCUGGCAGCAUCCUGUAUGGAACGCACGGGCCGUUGCCCCCCCUCUACAGUGUGUCGCUGGCACUCCUGUCGUGUGAACUGGCCAGGAUGUACCCCGAGCUCACCCUUCCUCUCUUCUCAGAGGUGAGCCAGCGGUUCCCCACGACGCACCCCAACGGCCGCCAGGUCAUGCUCACCUACCUGCUGCCCUGGCUGCACAACAUCGAGCUGGUGGACAGCCGGCUCCUCCUCCCGGGCUCCAGCCCCAGCAGCCCCGAGGACGAGGCCAAGGACCGGGAGGGAGCGAGCGCCUGCCCCGGGCUGAAGGGGACCGGCUGGGGCUCUCCGGAGGCGACGUCACUGGUGCUGAACAACCUCAUGUACGUGACGGCCAAGUAUGGAGAUGAAGUGCCUGGGCCCGAAAUGGAAAAUGCUUGGAAUGCUCUGGCCAACAACGAGAAGUGGAGCAACAACCUGCGCGUGAUCCUGCAGUUCCUCAUCAGCCUGUGCGGGGUCAGCAGCGACACGGCCCUGUUGCCCUACAUUAAAAAGGUGGCGAUAUACUUGUGCCGUAACAACACCAUUCAGACCAUGGAGGAGCUCCUCUUCGAGCUCCAGCAGACAGAGCCAGUGAACCCCAUCGUCCAGCACUGCGACAACCCCCCCUUCUACCGCUUCACGGCCAGCAGCAAGGCCUCCGCUGCGGCCUCCGGGACCACCUCUAGCAGCGAAACCGUGGUUGCUGGGCAGGAGAGUUUCCCCGACGCCGAAGAGAGCAAGAUACUGAAAGAAUCUGAUGAGAGGUUUAGUAAUGUCAUCCGUGCCCACACUCGCCUGGAGUCAAGAUACAGCAACAGCUCUGGAGGGUCCUAUGAUGAGGAUAAAAAUGAUCUGGUGACUCCCUACAUGAGCUGGCUGCUGAACAUCACAGAGGCCAAGCAGCCACAGCCUCUGCCGAUGCCGGGUACCGGAGGCUGCUGGGCCCCCCUGGUCGACUACCUCCCCGAAACCAUCACUCCCCGGGGGCCCCUCCACAGGUGCAAUAUUGCUGUAAUUUUCAUGACUGAGAUGGUGGUGGAUCACAGUGUACGAGAAGACUGGGCCCUUCAUCUACCAUUAUUACUUCAUGCUGUCUUCUUAGGUUUGGACCAUUACCGGCCUGAAGUCUUUGAACACAGCAAAAAAUUGCUCCUUCACCUCCUGAUUGCCCUGUCUUGCAACAGCGACUUCCACGCCAUUGCUUCCGUGCUCCUGCAGACCCGGGAGAUGAGUGAAGCUAAGACGCUGACCGUGCAGCCCGCUUAUCAACCCGAGUAUCUCUACACAGGUGGCUUUGACUUCCUGCGGGAGGACCAGUGCUCCCCAGCGCCGGACUCGGGGCUGAGCUCCAGUUCCACCUCCUCCAGCAUCAGUCUGGGGGGCAGCAGUGGGAAUCUCCCGCAGAUGACCCAGGAGGCUGACGACGUGGACGCCACUGCCGAAACAGACGAGAAGGCAAACAAGCUCAUUGAGUUCCUGACAACCAGGGCAUUUGGUCCACUUUGGUGCCAUGAAGACAUCACACCCAAAAAUCAAAAUUCAAAGAGUGCUGAACAACUCACUAAUUUUCUACGUCACGUUGUCUCUGUAUUUAAAGAUUCCAAAUCAGGUUUCCAUCUGGAGCAGCACUUGAGUGAGGUGGCCCUGCAGACUGCCCUGGCGAGCUCCUCGAGGCACUACGCCGGGCGGUCCUUCCAGAUAUUUAGGGCCCUCAGACAGCCUCUGUCAGCCCAUGCCCUGUCUGACCUUCUCUCGAGGUUGGUGGAGGUGAUCGGAGAACAUGGAGAUGAGAUUCAGGGUUAUGUAAUGGAAGCACUCCUUACCUUGGAAGCUGCCGUGGAUAAUUUGUCAGACUGCUUAAAGAACAGUGAUCUCCUAACAGUUUUAUCUCGCUCAUCAUCACCGGAUUUAAGCUCCAGCACAAAACUAACAGCAAGUAGAAAGAGCACAGGACAACUAAAUGUGAACCCUGGAACUGCUGGUGGCAAUACAACUACUGCAGAACGUAGCCGGCAUCAGAGAAGCUUCUCUGUACCCAAGAAGUUUGGUGUUGUUGACCGAUCUUCAGACCCACCUCGAAGUGCUACACUGGACAGAAUUCAGGCUUGUACCCAACAAGGGCUCUCCCCAAAAACCAGAAGUUCAUCCUCCUUGAAGGACAGCCUCGCUGACCCAUCCCACAUAAACCACCCAACCAACCUGUUGGCCACCAUCUUCUGGGUCACAGUGGCCUUGAUGGAGUCUGAUUUUGAGUUUGAAUACCUAAUGGCCUUAAGGCUAUUGAAUAGACUGCUGGCACAUAUGCCACUCGACAAAGCUGAGAAUCGAGAAAAACUUGAGAAACUCCAGGCACAGCUCAAGUGGGCUGACUUCUCAGGGUUGCAGCAGCUGCUGCUGAAAGGAUUCACAUCCCUCACCACCACAGACCUUACUCUGCAACUUUUCAGUUUGCUGACACCAGUGUCCAAAGUAUCCAUGGUGGAUUCAUCCCAGGCUAUUGGGUUUCCACUGAAUGUCUUGUGUCUCCUGCCCCAACUGAUUCAGCAUUUUGAAAAUCCCAAUCAGUUCUGUAAGGAGAUAGCCGAAAGGAUUGCUCAGGUUUGCUUGGAAGAGAAGAACCCAAAACUCUCAAAUCUUGCACAUGUUAUGACUCUUUACAAAACACACAGCUAUACCAGGGACUGUGCCACCUGGGUCAACGUGGUCUGCCGCUAUCUUCAUGAAGCCUAUGCUGACAUCACCUUGAACGUUGUUACCUACCUGGCAGAGCUGCUGGAGAAGGGCCUCCCCAGCAUGCAGCACUGCCUCCUGCAGGAGAUCUACAGCCUGCUAAGCUACAUGGACCUUUCCGUCGUCCCCGUAAAGCAGUUUAACGUGGAAGUUCUGAAGACCAUUGAAAAAUACGUGCAGAGUGUUCACUGGAGAGAAGCCCUGAAUAUCUUGAAGCUGGUAGUUUCCCGGUCUGCCAGCCUGGUCUUGCCCUCCUACCAGCACAGUGAUCUUUCAAAAAUAGAAAUCCAUCGCGUAUGGACUAGUGCGUCUAAGGAAUUACCUGGAAAAACCCUGGACUUUCACUUUGAUAUUUCAGAGACGCCGCUCAUCGGGAGGCGGUACGAUGAGCUGCAGAAUUACCAGAAUUCCUCCGGGCGCGACGGGAAGCCCAGGGCCGUGGCCAUGACCCGAAGCGUGUCCUCGACUUCUUCAGGCUCCAACUCCAAUGUCCUUGUUCCCGUGAGCUGGAAAAGGCCUCAGUAUUCUCAGAAGAGGACAAAAGAGAAGUUGGUGCAUGUCCUUUCUCUGUGUGGCCAAGAAGUAGGACUAAGCAAAAACCCAUCGGUGAUUUUCUCGUCGUGUGGGGAUCUGGAUCUGCUCGAGCACCAGGCGAGUUUGGUGUCCUCCGAGGACGGCGCCCGGGAGCAGGAGAACAUAGAGGACACCAACAGUGAGCAGCAGUUCAGAGUCUUCAGAGACUUCGAUUUCCUGGACGUGGAGCUGGAAGAUGGAGAGGAACUUCAGGGCGAGAGCAUGGACAACUUCAACUGGGGGGUGCGCCGGCGCUCCCUGGACAGCCUCGACAAGUGCGACCUGCAGCUGCUGGAGGAGCGCCAGCUCUCGGGGAGCACCCCCAGCCUGAACAAACUGAACCCCGAGGACUCCGAUGAGUCAUCCGAGGAGGAGGACCUCACGGCCAGCCAGCUCCUGGAGCACUCGGACCUCAUGAUGGCGCUCUCCCCCUCUGACCGCACAGACCACAUGGACUCGCUCACGGCCACCUGCGCCCUCACCGGCGCCGACACGCAGCCCUUCAGCACGAGAACGACCAGCUUCGACGCGUCUCUGCCCGAGCUGAACGCUCUGCAGGUUGCCGAGAGUUCCAAGGCUGAAGCUGGAGGUGAGCAGGAAGACGAGCUUUCCGGCUCUGUCAACGAGCUCCCCGCCACGUUCGAGUGCAGCGACAGCCUCAGCCUGGAUACAACUGAGGCGGAAGAGAAAGGCGAUCCGGCCCUGGACCAGUUUACCCUUGCGAGCUCUGGGGACGGGGACCGGGGCGCGUCCCCACCGCCCUCGCCCUUCCUCUCGGCCAUCCUGGCGGCCUUUCAGCCCGCGGCCUGCGACGACGCCGAGGAGGCCUGGCGCAGCCACAUCAGCCAGCUCAUGUGCGACGCGGACGGCUCCUGCGCCGUCUACACCUUCCACGUCUUCUCCUCGCUGUUCAAGAAUAUUCAGAAAAGGUUCUGCUUCCUAACCUGUGAUGCCGCCAGCUACCUCGGAGACAACCUCCGGGGAAUCGGGUCCAAGUUCGUCAGCUCUUCCCAGAUGCUCACCUCCUGCUCGGAAUGCCCUACGCUUUUUGUGGAUGCCGAAACGCUCCUUUCUUGUGGACUUCUGGACAAGCUCAAGUUCAGUGUUUUGGAACUGCAAGAAUACUUGGAUACCUACAACAACAGAAAAGAGGCCACUCUCUCGUGGCUUGCAAAUUGUAAGGCAACAUUUGCAGGAGGAUCAAGAGAUGGAGUAAUUACCUGUCAGCCAGGGGACUCGGAAGAAAAGCAAAUGGAAUCUCUUGCACAACUGGAGCUGUGUCAGAGGUUGUACAAGCUCCACUUCCAGCUGCUGCUGCUUUUUCAGUCCUACUGCAAACUCAUCGGCCAGGUGCACGAAGCCAGCUCCGUGCCCGAGCUGCUGAAUAUGUCCAGGGAACUGAGUGACUUAAAGAAAAACCUGAAAGAGGCCACCGCAGCCAUCGCGGCUGACCCCCUGUGCCUGGAGGGCGCCUGGGCUGGGCCAGCCUUCCCCUCCACGGAGGCGGCCAUCCAGUCCCUGCUGGAGUGCCUGCGGAGCAACGAGCUCGGCAAAGCCCUGCAGCAGAUCAGGGAGUGCAGAAGCCUGUGGCCCAACGACAUCUUUGGGAGCAGUGCCGAUGACGAGGUGCAGACGCUCCUGAAUAUUUAUUUCCGCCACCAAAGCCUGGGGCAGACGGGCACGUACGCGCUGGUGGGCUCCAACCAGAGCCUGACGGAGAUCUGCGCCAGGCUGAUGGAGCUGAACAUGGAGAUCCGCGACAUGAUCCGUCGAGCUCAGAGCUACCGCGUCCUCACAGCUUUCCUCCCAGACUCCAGCGUGUCUGGCACCAGCCUCUGACAGCAGCCUCUGGGCCCCCGGGGGUUCCAGGCUGGGGGUGCUGCCGGGCCGGGCCCACGUCGUCUGGUGUCCUUUCUGUCUUCCGAGGGCUUGGUCAGACUGUUCUCCCUCUCGCUGCCUGCAGAACUUUCUCUGAAGAGGAGGGCAGAACCCCCACCGUGUAGCAAUACCACAACCACCCAGGUGGCCCAGGACACGCGAGGACAGGUGCCGUCCGUCGUGCUGAUGGGUGCCCGCUUUGCUGAGCAAAUGCAACGCACUGCUGAAGAAGCAGCACCCAUUGCGUACCAAAGCCAACCGUACCGAACGAUACCUUCCUUUCUAGAACCUGUUUUAGAUUGGCCAAAGUGCAAUGUUUUCUUCACGAAAAGAAUAUUUUGUAUUUGGGAACUUGUACAUUCUUUCCCUUUCUUUUUCCUCUUUUUCUUUUUUUAAUCCCCCGUAUUUUGGUGGGCUGAGAAAGGGGCAGGCAGAAUGAAGCUGGCCACUGAAAAUGGUAAGACGGUCAAAAGCUGACAGCCUGUGUAGGCAAAAAAGGAGUUGUGAAUGGAUUACAAGUUAAUGUACACUGUAAUUUGAGUACAAUUACUGUAUCUGAAAGGAGCUGCUAUGAAGUACUUCCUUGUGUUGCUAGGCUACUGUUCCUGGAGCCCCUGGGUCUCUUUGCAAGGGGUCUGUAGUAAGCCCCUAGUACCAGAAAUGGUCCAGAUAGACUUUUUUUUAAGGAUCUUGGCUGCUUUUUACCAGAAGGUUGCUUUUAUGAGCAUAUUUAUAUUAUCGAAGGAUGAGUGUUGAUUUUAAUUAACUUUGCCAUUUUGUAGGAGAAAAAGACAUUCAUGUAUAAAUUCCAAGCCUUGACCUGUCACGCAUGCAUAUUUUAAGAUCCUUUUGGAUUGCUGAAAGUAGAAUCAUAAAGGUAAGAUGUAAGUUCUCACUUUGUCGCUUAAGAAAUGUCAUAUUUGAUUUGUAAUAUAUAUGUAAAAGGCCAUUCUUAAGUUCUCUCCUUAAACCCAAUGCUGUCAAGUGUUAGAUGUGUGCAUGUGAACCUGUUGCACAUCAGAAAACUUAUUCAAAGUUUAUGUAACUUAUUCACUCUGUAAAUACAUUUAAAGGUUUUGUGACGUAACCUGGUUGAUAUUCUGUUCAGAACUUCUUUAGACUGAAAAAAAAAAGACAAAAUACUUAUUGAUCGUGGGUUUGAUUUCUGGUCAGUGAAGAUUUCACUUGGACACACGUUUACAGUUUGCACGAGGGUUGCCACAGUGACAGGCGGAGGGCACAGUUGGUGUGAGCUCUGCCGACGGCCGCUGGGCUGUGCCACACGAUGCCCUGGGAAGCAGGAGGUGCCUAUGAUCUCUUCAGAAGGGGGCACAAAGCAAAGACCAUCACCCUCAUCCGUUUCUCUCUGUAAUCAACCAAAGGGAAAAAUCAGGAGCGAGCGUGAGUACUAGUAUUCUGCAGCCUACCAUUAGCAUAGCCUCCUUAAAUGUUUAAAUAGAUGCUGUAAUGGGCAGGAAAAAGUAGGAGGAGUUUUAACUGUCACCAUAUCUGUCCAUUCUCCACCCCCAUAACAAGCAGCAACACGGAGACACAUAAUCUCAUUUACGCAGUGUCUUCCUGCUCGUAUUUUGCUUGGUCUAACAAAAAUAACUGCCUUUCCUUACAAACCACAGCUGGAUCACCAAGGAGCAGUUUUUCCAGGAGUAUCCUGGAGUCAGGAGUCUGGUCCUGGAAUUUUUUUUUUUUUUUUUAACGUUACCCUAGAUACAGCUGUUAAUUAUAACUAAUUUCCGGAUGCUGCUAUAAAGAUAUUCUGAAAUAUCUGAAAGAUCAUUUACUACAAUUUAUAGAAAACAACUGAAUCAUGAUCUCUCUGAGAAAUGCCUCUUUAAAUACAGGUUUCUGAACCACAACAGUCAACGAUCAGAGCGCAUCGUUGGCACUCAUGGUGGAAAGGAAUGUCAGCUCAUGACAGACUUUUCACCCACACCCUCUUGACCAGCAAAGAACCAACAUGAUUGUUUCCUCUUAACAGCAGAGGAUAUCAAUAGUACAUUGCAAUCUGGUAUAUCACACUGUGGUCAUAGGAAGUAGUGGAUUUUGGUUUUUGUUUUGUUUUGUUUUUUACUUUUUUCUUAAUGUAUUAAAAACUGAGAUUUAUUCAUGUGAA